AUGGCAUCCUCCUUCACCAGAAUGUUAUCUGGCCGCAACACCGCGGUGCUCAUGGCCAGCCUGGGUGCUGGAGCCAUGGCAACCGGCUACCUGCUGAGCGACAGCGAGGCUGUUUCUGCUGCAGAGAGGAGGAAGCUCUACCCCCCCAGCUCUGACUUUCCUGAUCUCCGCAAGCACAACAACUGCAUGGCCAGCGCCUUGACCCCAGCCAUCUACGCCAGGCUUAGGGACAAGCUCACCCCAAACAACUGGAGCCUUGACCAGUGCAUCCAGACUGGUGUGGAUAACCCUGGACACCCCUUCAUCAAGACAGUGGGCAUGGUCGCCGGCGAUGAGGAGAGCUACGAGGUGUUUGCUGACAUCUUUGACCCCGUCAUCAAAGACAGGCACAAUGGUUAUGACCCCAAAACCAUGAAACAUCCUACUGAUCUGGACGCCUCCAAGAUCACCUCUGGGAUGUUUGACGAGCGCUACGUUCUGUCCUCGCGCGUUCGUACCGGCCGCAGUAUCCGGGGGCUCAGCCUGCCCCCCGCCUGCAGCCGUGCGGAGCGGCGCGAGGUGGAACGUGUGGCCGUGCAAGCGCUGUCUGGCCUGAAGGGCGACCUCGCUGGCCGCUACUACAGUCUGUCCGACAUGACUGAGCAAGAGCAGCAAAGACUCAUUGAUGACCACUUCCUAUUCGACAAACCCGUGUCUCCCUUGUUGACGUGCGCGUUCAUGGCCCGUGAUUGGCCAGACGCUAGGGGCAUCUGGCACAACAAUGAGAAGACCUUCUUGAUAUGGGUAAAUGAGGAAGACCAUACCCGCGUUAUCUCCAUGGAGAAGGGAGGCAACAUGAAGAGGGUGUUUGAGAGGUUCUGCCGAGGCCUCAAACAGGUGGAGCAGCUGAUUCAGGAGCGGGGCUGGGAGUUCAUGUGGAACGAACACCUCGGCUAUAUCCUGACCUGCCCAUCCAACCUGGGCACUGGUCUCAGGGCUGGAGUACACGUCCGCUUACCAAAGCUCAGCAAGGACCCUCGCUUUGGCAAGAUUCUGGACAACUUGAGACUGCAGAAACGUGGCACUGGAGGAGUGGACACUGCUGCCGUGGGUGACACUUUCGACAUCUCAAACAAUGAUCGUCUGGGGAAAUCUGAGGUUGAGCUGGUGCAGUUGGUGAUUGAUGGAGUCAACUACCUGAUUGAGUGUGAGAAGAGGCUGGAGAAGGGCCAAGACAUCAAGAUCCCUGCACCCAUUCCUCAGUUCAAGAAGUGA